AUCUACCGGAGAAAAUGUUCCAAAUCCUCACAAUACUGUUGCUGGAAACACAGAUCUCCAUGGUUUCAGCUUUAUUUACAGUUGAAGUUCCUCAACAGCUCUACAUUGCGGAGUAUGGGAGCAACGUGACCAUGGAAUGCAGAUUCCCUGUGAAUGGCUCAGUGGAUCUAAGACUUCUGACUGUUGUUUGGGAGCAGAAAAGGCAGGGCUUGUUGAAAUCAAAAGAAGUGUACACAUUCCGCAAUGGGAACACACUCCAUCCGUCUCAACAUCCUGAUUAUGUAGGAAGAGCAUCACUUCUGCACAGUGAACUGGAGCUGGGACGAGCCAUCCUCCAGAUCACCAAUGUUAAGAUCACAGAUGCAGGAUCAUACCUUUGUCUCAUUGACUACCAGGGCGUGGAUUACAAGUACAUUGCUUUGGAAGUAAGAGCAUCUUACAAGAGAAUAAAUACUCAAGUAAUGAGAAUACCAGGUGAAGACAAGUUUGUUUUUAUGUGCCAGUCAGAAGGCUUUCCUCUGGCAGAGGUUUUCUGGCAAAAUGAGAACUUCAAUCUCAGCGGAUCUGCAAAUACCACCUAUACACUGACUGCAGAUGGUCUCUACAAUGUCACCAGCAUCCUGACAUUCAAACCAAAUAUGAGUGAGCACUACACGUGUGUCUUCUGGAAUAAAGAACUGAAUGGAGAAACUUCAGCUCACUUUUCCACUUUAGCUUUAAUGAGUACACAGUAUAGUGGACAAAAAUUCCUGAUCUCUUUAAUCAUCCCCACAUGUGUGACUGUAGCUGUCCUUCUCUCUGCAUUAAUAGUAUUUCAGAAGAGAAAAUCAUUCAAGAAUGAGCAACCCAAAAAAGGCAGGAAAAGAAAACUGAACCCUAAUGCAAAGGAUGAGAAAAGUGAUGAUUUUAACUCUCAGACUGAGGCUUUAUACUUGUCAACUGCCACAGCUUCAAGAGACAGUGGGAGUGUGGGUCUGUGAAAGUUCUUCAUCUACAUUCCAUAAUUUGCACUUUUCCCAUCAGUUUUUGGGGACUUCAAAGAAAAAUUACAGCACUUUAGCCUUAGGAUAGAAAGUGGACUAAUGGGGAUGUAUUUACACUGCUGCGAUGGAAAGCUCUGCCUCCUCAGAUACUAUAUCUUCUUGAAGUUACUGAGAACUAUGCUGUCACGAAAUGUGGUUUACCACUGUGGAGAGGUCAGCUGAGUGCAUCUGAUACACUUUACUUUUGGCCUUACUGUUGCUCAAGGGAUUUUUCUUUAAGAAUGCCUUUAUCAACUGUUCCAGUCUCAGGAAUGGUGCUUGGAGUAAAAAACUUGUGGAAUUUAAAUAAAAGCUGUAAAUGCUACCUUAUGUCAAUUAUCUUUCUGGUGGAAACAUCAUCACAAGCCCAUAUCCCAAUUCCAAAUUUUCUAACACAAUAAACUGCAUAUUACCAGAAGUAUCCUCUCGCAUCAUUGUAUGCACUUGUAUAGAAUUUGUAUCAUUGCAACAGUUAGAAGAUAUUUCAUAUCACAAGAGCAAUAAGAGGUUGAAAUUAAAUCAAAGGAUAAAUAAAUAAAAAAAACCAAACCAACCCAAUACUAGCAAUACGUCAACGUUAUGUUGCAUGAGAAUUUUAACAUCUAUAUAAAACCUCACAAGUAAGUCCGCUAAAAAAAUAUGAACAUAAAAAGUUUCAAAUUUGAACUGAUUAUUCAACAGAAUUUUCUUUAGGAGGAAUUUGGAAGCAAAAGUGAAAAUGAAGCUCAGAUAGAUUUCUGCACUGGUUAUUUUUAAACAGUAAUUUUGCCUUUGUUCAGAUGAAGAAGUGAGUCUUUUCCAUGUCAGGCUGCUUUUCUUCCUAAUACUGGAAUGCCAGAUUUGGGAAAACAUCCAAAAUGAAACACCUUUUCCUCUUAGUCAGUCAUGCGAUAGUGAAGCAAGGGCACUGGGUAAGAUCUGUCAUAUUGUGUUGAAAGACCAGUGGCUUUGGUAAGCUGUGUUUUCUACUAAAAUAGAUGUAACAAGAUUGAAGAAAGGUGUUCACAUGGAAGCCACUUCUGCUAUGACCUUGCUCUUAGAAGAAUUCCACUGAUAGAAGUUUUUGCAUAGCACUUGCUCUGAAUUUGGAUGGGAACUGCUUCUCCAGUGUCACUCUGCAGCUAUUUAUUCCAGCAAAAAGUGGACCUACAGUGCUGCUAUGAGACCAGAACAUCAGACUCUCUCUUGCUUCACCAGGACAGGUGGUUUUAAAAAGCAAGACUGCCAUUGAUUUUACUUUGGAGGAGAAAAACUAAUCUCUCUCUGACAUCAUCUGUAAUUUAAUAUCUAUGUAUUGCACAUUUAAUUACCCAUUUGUAGCCAAUUUCAGCUGGCUUCAGUGGAUUCAGCUGAGACAAAUCCAAACUAGGCUUGCGAUGUCCUAUGUCCUUGCUGACAUGGCAAAUCUGGCACAUGUCAGAGAAUCAGAGGCAGCUUCUUAAAGCAUUGGUUAGCUUAAUAUGGAAUAGCAGCUUGGGAACUGCCCUGGCUUGCACCAUUUGGCAAUAUUUAAGAGUCAAUACAUAAGGUCAAGCAAUUUCUCUCUGUUCCAGAUUUGUACUCUGCUGGGAACUAUGAGCCCUUGCUCUUCUGUCAGCCGUGGUGAAAUCUAACCCACUGUAUUCCUGGAAAGAGUUAAUUAUGCAUUUUUCUGUUUAUUUUUUCCUCAUGAAAAUGAAAUCAAAGUAAUAAAAAUGAAUUUAUGUGGAUGGACAUAAAUACUACACUGCAGUCUUUGCAAUUAGUGAUUAUCAUUGUUCCUUGCUGAAAUGAAAGUCAUCUUGUCAUUACUUUAUACUGGUGAGUAAAUGCUGUCUUGGUGUGAGCAGCAAAGAACAAGUGUGGGUAGCACUUCCUGCCCAUUUUUCAGGCAAGGCAAACACUGCCCUGCUUUCCCUCUUACUGGAUUGUACACUGAAAGGUUUCACCUGGCAUCCCUAGGCAGAGGCAGCUCAGCUUUCCACAACACUCCUAUGACCUAUCCACUCUAUUUCAUUAUGAAUGGAACAAUAGCACUGUUUACUGCAAUAACUAUAAGAAUACCUAGAAAAGCAUUUUGGCUCAUGAGUUUCUAUUUUCACCAGCUUUCGCUGGAUGCUUAUGAAGCUGACUGUCACAUCUGAGUAUGUGAAAGUUACCUUGUCAGCAGCUUGGCAGUCUGUAUAUGUCUAUGAGUUCAUGCAAGACUUGUCUUUUACUGUAAAUCACUGAGCAUAUGAUACACGUGUGACAUGAUCAGUCUCUGUUCUUUCUGCUUCACCUACUGUUUUACAUGCUGUUAUCCCCAAACAGCUGAAGUGAGUUCUCACAUACACACUGCCUGCAAAAUGUUUGAAGGGUUUGUGUUCUGUUUGUCUGUGGUGUCCUCUCUGUGGUUUUU